CGCCGCUCGCACCUAUUUAUACUGCCAACGAAAGAGUUGUUACUACACAUACCACAUAACCAUUGAGUAGAUCACACGUCUAUACGUAGUAAUUCUACUAAUUAUUUUCGUUAACGUAAAAUAGUGUCAACAGUGUUACAAAAAUGACUUCACUGUACGUUAUUACUUUGGGACUUCUGCACUUGCUAACCGUGGAAUUAGCUCCUUCACCGUUAAAUAAUAGGUUCGCAGCCAGUCAUAUAGGAUUAGAUGGACUUAAGGUUCCCAUUUUGGACAACAGAUUUAACUUGGAAGAUAAAAGACAAAAUUGGGGAAUACUAAUUAACGGAUCGAUGUACGAUGAAAAAGAAGUCGUGAAUGACGGUUACAGGCCGAUAUCCAUUCCCAGACUGUCUACUAUCAAACCUCAGCUCCAGUUGCAAGCAGAAAAUGUCGAAAAAGCACCCGAAAUCAAUAUAAAUUUUAAAGCAAAAAGAAAUUUGAAAACAACACCUGAAGUUAACAAUGUAUCAAAAGUUGAUGAUGCCAGUAAAACAACUUUGCCGUGUGAUAUAGCACGCAUCAAAUGUUGCUUCGAUAAAACGGAUUUGGACAACUGCUAUAAAGCAAGCGAAUGUCUCAAGUUAGAAGUUACCUCUGCAGAUUUGUGCAAUACAAGAGCUCUUCAAGAAAGUAUAAGAAAAGUUCUGAAUUGGUUGUGAUCAAUUACACAAAAUCUUGAAAAGUCUGUUGAAUUUAAUUUGAGUCUACAGUAUAAUGUGUUAUAAUCUAAGUUGUCCAGCUGUGAUGUUAAUUAUUAAUUAAGUUUAAGGUUUAAUUUAUUAUUUUCGUUGCUAAAUCAAAGGUUGUACUAACUCUUAACAUAACAUAAUUUUAAAAUACCUAGUCUAAUUUUCAGUAUUUUCUUAUAAAUUAUUAACAUUAUUAUAAUAGUGUACGAGUGCCAUACUGUGUAAUUUAUGAAGGUAAUUUAUAUUGUAAAUUAUAAGAAUUACUUAAAAUUUUA